AGGGAGAUGCAGUCACACCAUGCAGCAGAGAUGAACGCCUUGGAAGAGCAGUACAAGAAAGAGCUGCGAAACGAGAGGGCGCACGCCCAGGAGAAGCUGGGUAGGACUCGGGGGCCGAACUACCUGUUACACUGUACAGUAGUAUUCUGGCUGUCCUAGUUGCAGUGGAGGCUGGUCCGACCUUAGCUAGUCCUCAGCCUUAGCUAGCCCCGCAGCUACCUCCCUUCUUAUUUACCGUAUUUUUCGCUCUAUAGGACACACCAGAUGAUAAGAUGAUAGUUUGGGGGGGAGGAAAACAAGAAAAAAAAUAUUUUGAAUCCCAGAAGCCAGAACAGCAAGAGGGAUCUGGCUUCUGGGAUACUGUGUGGCUGUUCUGGCUUCUGGAAUAACCGGGCCAAGCCUCUUCAGGGCAGCGGGAUGAAGGCUCCCCCUGCCCGGAAGAGGCUAAGGCAGAAGCCAUGGCAGGCGCGUCGCUGAAGGGGCGCUGCGCAGUUCUCUCUCUCUGCGCAGCACCUCUUCUUCUCAGGAGAGGUGCUGCGCAGAGAGGGAGAACUGUGCAGCGCCCCUUCAAGCAAAGCUGGAGAAGGUACAGAAGGAGACCCUUCUGUUCCUCCUCCGGCUUCCAGGCAGGCGCGUGGCUGAAGGGGUGCUGCGCAGUUCUCUCUCUCUGCGCAGCGCCUCUCCUGAGAAGGAGGCGCUGCGCAGAUGGAGAGCUGCGCAGCACCUUCAGCAGCGGGAGAAGGAACAGAAGGGGCUCCGUUCCUCCUCCCGCUUUGCUGAAGGGGCGCUGCGCAGCUCUACCUCUCUGCGCGGUGCCAUUCACUCCAUAAGACGCACUCACAUUUCCCCUUACUUUAUAGGAGGAAAAAAGUGCGUCUUAUGGAGCGAAAAAUACGGUACAACCAGUCAAGACCAGCCCAUCUAUGAGGCUCACUAAGGCAAUUGCCUCAGGGUGGCAGGCUCACAACAACUGGGAUGAGUGGCAGUUCCAGGCCUGCAGGGAGCCCGACAAUGAGACCCCUGGUUGCCUGACAAUGACAACAAUGCCUCUUCCUCUUCGCUGCCUUUGUAAAAUCAAGAAGGCCACAGAGCAGCUUUUUAAAACAUCUCAGCCAGGGGUGCCCAAACUUUUUUCAAAGAGGGCCAGAUUUGAUGAAGUGGACAUACAUGAGGGGCGAGCAAAGUUGUUAGGAUUGAAGCUGUUAAGCUAAAUUGUUGAGGUGUUUUUUACAAUUUUACCCCAAAGUUGUUGAGCUUUUUUAGGAUUUUAUCCCAGGACAUAUACUGCCACAGGGGGCCAGAUUAAAUUGACCGGUGGGCCAGAUUAGGCCCCCAAAAUGGACUUUGGACAUGCCUUAUCUCAGCAGACAAAGCAGUCAGGAGCUGAGGAACAUCUGAUUUGGGAUCAUCUAUCUGUUAAGCAGGAAGGAUCUGAAUGUCCUGUGCCUUCAAACAGAGGAUAGGAUAGGAGUUGAUAAUAAGAAUGCAGAACCAAUCAAAGAUAUUAUGAUAAAAAUUGUGGGUCAACAAGACCUAUAACAAGGGACAAGAUCCCCGACAGCAUACGAAUCAAUCUGACUAACCUGCUUCAAAAAUACACACUCACACCCCACUCACACACAAAAACAGUUCUCACCACAGCCAACCAAAGACAACCAAACACACCCUAAGCCACCCCCAACCUCUCUCACCACCAAGGAAAUACAACAAGUGAAUAGUAAGAGAACCCACACAAGUAACACUGACACAACCCCUCACACACACUAAGUAGAAUAAAUGAAGCAUAACCACCCCACUCCCCUUCUUCUUCUUCUUCUUCCUCCUCCAAAUGGUUAAACCAAUUCAUAAACCAAGAACUCGUACAUUGACCACUAAUAAUGAAACAUGUUGUACAUAUUUUUCCACAUUUAUUAUGCUAUUUUUGUGAUAUACAAAUGACAUGAGAAAACUUGGUAUACUUGUUUGUAUAACAUUAUUCUUGUUUAUAAAACCCAAUUAAAAAAACAAGGGACAAGACAUACAGGUCCUUGUCUGUUAAUGCUAGAAGCCUCAAAGCAGCAAGCUAUAAUGCCCCCACGGUUAGAAGUGGACACUGGGGGCAGCCAUGUUUUUGCUGUGCAAUUCCCUCUGAGGGUGGCAGAACAUCACUGGUCCCUCUGGGGGUCUUGCUCUUCUCUUCAAAGAGUGUGGUGGGAAGAAGCCUUUGACUGUGAGCAGCCAGACAUGACAAUUGUAUUUCUAAGGCGCUGUUAAUUUCUGGGGAAGGAUUGUUGUUGGCCGAGCAGCCAAUUCAUUUCCCUUCAGGAAAACAACUGAGAAACAACUGUUUAAUUUCGGUAGUUCCAUGUGUGGAGCAUUUUAUUUUCCCCUUUCCCCCCCUUAGCUGGGAUGCAGAAGGAAUACAAGUAUCUGAAGAAUGCGUUCCGUGUGUACCAGGUAAGAUUUAAAUUAUAUCUCCCGUCUGAGGUAAUCCUAAACUCCUACGAGUCUCCUAUAAGCCUUAAAGACCAACAGAUUGUUUGUUGCCUAAGAGUUUGCGGUGCUCAUGAAAGACUGCGGUCCAGUUGUCACAGACAUCUUGCAUUUCAUGGCUGCUUGGUCUACGGCCAGAGCUAGUGUUGCUGCAGUCCCAGCCCAACGGACUGGCUACCUCAGCAAUGACAGGGAAUCCAGAAGUGGCAAAAUUACGAUACGAUACGAUACAAUAUCUUUAUUGUCAUUGUCCCAUACAGAACAAUGAAACUGAAAAACUACAUAAAACAUUCAAAAAUCCCUAAAAACUCUGAAACCCCAUUUUAAAAUACAGUAUACUAUAGACGCGGGUGGCACUGUGGGUAAAACCUCAGCGCCUAGGAUUUGCCGAUCGCAUGGUCGGCGGUUCGAAUCCCUGCGGCGGGGUGAGCUCCCGUCGUUCGGUCCCAGCUCCUGCCCACCUAGCAGUUCGAAAGCACCCUUAAGUGCAAGUAGAUAAAUAGGUACCGCUUUAUAGCGGGAAGGUAAACGGCGUUUCCGUGUGCUGCGCUGGUGCUGGCUCGCCAGAGUAGCUUCGCCACGCUUGCCACGUGUCAGGGAACUGCCAUCAGUGCUGGAGGGAGAGAGCAAAAUCCAGAGGGAUUCCGGAGAGCGUCCCGGGAUUGGGAGAGGCAGCCCAUCUUCUGGGGAAGAGAAUCAGCGUAGCACCAGUGGAGAAGGGGGGCAGAUGGGGGAAGCGGUGAGGCGGUCCCAUGACUCCUUGCCGGGGACCAGCGGGGAGAGUAGAGGUCCUCCGCUGCCUACGCCCUCCUUGCGCAGAAGGCACAGAGAGAGUAGGCGGAGACUAGGCGUCAAAGAGCUUCUUUGCUGGAAGAAGUUUAAGAAACGCCCACUGACGGAUUCUGCCAGUGAUUGAGACAGCCAUGGGUGAGUGGCUGUCCGGACAGAAAAGGUUCACUCAGGCAAUCCAGCCAGGUGUUUGCACCGGCUUACGCACGAGCAACCCCUAGAACCAUUACACCACGUGACCUGGAAGUGUCUCCAGACAGCGUUGGCUCCCCGCCUCUUAACAGAGAUGAGCGCACAACCCUAGAGUCGGACACGACUGGCCCAUACGGGCAGGGGCACCUUUACCUUUACCUUUUUAUACUAUAGAGACUCCUUAUGCUGCGUUUAGAACCAGAAUUGCAUUUGCGUAGAAACUGUUUCUCAGGCGGCUAGUCCUGGCCUUUAUAAUCCUAUACCUUCUUCCAGAAGGCAGAAGCUGAAAGAGAUCAUUUCCGGGGUGCGUACUAUCCUGCGCUAUCUCUGCAGCUUUCUUAUGGCACCUGGCAGCAUAGAUUUGAUCUAAGGUGGGAAGAGUGCACCCAAUUAUUCUCUCUGCAGUCUUCACAAACCUGGACAGUAUUGUUUUUUCCCUGGCCGUGCGGCUCCCAAACCACACACACAGACCAUAAGUUAGUACGCUCUCCACAGUGCAAUGGUAAAAUGCCAUCAACAGGUCCUUUGAGAGAUUGUUUUUCUGGAGGAUUCUCAGAAAAUAUAACCUCAGCUGUGCUCUCUUCACCAGGUCUUUGCUGUUUUCUCCCCAGGUUAGUCUGCAACGCCUGGAGUCUUCUGAACCCCAUACAGAAAAGGAAGGAUGAUCAGGCUGCCUCAGACGCUCUUGCAUAGUUGCCACCCCUUCCCCGUUUUCUGAUUCAUAACCAGUGUUCCCCUGAAGUACUUUGAAGACUUGCAGGCAAAAGAGGGUAUAAAAUUGCCAUCUGGUUGUUGGCAUCCGUCUGUCCCGAGAGACAAUGGAGUACGCUUCCAGGGGUGAAGUCGAACCACUGCGUUAGCACCACCAAAGUGACCUCUCUGGCACGCAAGCCUCGCCAGUGUUUAUGGAAGUCCUGGGCUGCCCGGACGUCAGGACUCCCCUUUAAAUUGGCACCUACAUUAAAAAUAAAUAAAUCAUUUUCUCUCUCUUUAGGAUAGUAUUUCUGAUGAAAUGGAGGAGAAGUGGCUGAGAAGGCAAGCGGAAUGGAAAAAGAGUGAGAGGACUGAACGGGAGAAGGCCUUGUUACAACAAA